AUGGCCUCAGCUAAUUCACUACCUAGCAUUCUCUUCAUUGCUGCACCAAAUGAGGCAUCCAAGCUCUUACAGUCCACUUAUGUGAAGGGUAAAUUCAACGUGCUUUAUCAUAUUUUGGAAGACAAGGAUAAGUUCAUGCAAUUUUUGCACGAUCACAAAGAGGAUAAUAUUGCAGGUAUAUAUGCAGGAUAUCCAGCAUUCCACACUAUUCAUGGUCUGACUCGAGAGAUCAUUGAGCAUCCUGACUUUCCAUUGGACACAUUGAAGUGUAUUUCUGUGUGCUCUCGUGGAUAUAAUGCGCUUGACCUUGACGCCUUGGAGGAUCACGGUAUACAGCUGUACAACUAUCAGGACGAUAUCGAAGAGGAGGGCAUCUCUGAAUAUAUCGAUGACUUCCAGCUUGGGGAAGUUGGUAACGAUGUAGCUGAUUGUGCGCUAUGGCAUGUUCUCGAAGGCUUUAGAAAGUUCUCAUAUCAGCAGAAACUGUUGAGAGAUGUCGGGCAUAGUAUCCAAGCGAGACAGAUAGCUGCCAAUAAGCCUCAUAAGUUUGCAUUUGGUCAUGAGCUUGGCAUGAUACAAGCACAUGAUGGGUCAUCUGUGCCACUUUAUGUCGAAUCACCAAGAGGUAAAAAAGUAUUGAUUUUAGGGUUUGGUAGUAUUGGGAAAAGAAUUGCUUUCAAGCUACAAUAUGGGUUGGGGAUGGAGAUCCAUUACUGCAAGCGAACUAAGGAUGAGCAACUCAUUCGGGAGCACCCAGAGUGGGUAUAUCAUAGCAUGGACGAGGAUUUGUUGUUCCCGGUGUUGAAGCAGUUUGACGCCAUAGUGAUAGCUUUACCUGGCACACCAGAGACGAAGGGCCUUAUCAAUGAGAAGUUUCUAAGUCAUUGUAAAGAGCAUAAUUUGAUCUUGGUGAACUUGGGACGUGGCUUCAUUCUUGACAUGGAGUAUAUAGACGAACUGUUGAAACAGAACAAGAUCAGACAUUUGGCAGUGGAUGUUUUCCCCAAGGAGCCGAUUGUAGACGACUUACUACGUGAAUCACACCAUAACACCACCAUUACUCCACACCUGGGCAGUGCCACAAGACAAGUCUUUGAACAAAGUUGUGAACUGGCAUUGACUAAUAUCAUCAAAUGUAUAAACGGCGAGGAAGCCAAGAACCAUUGCCGUGUGCUAUAG